UCCGGUACACGCGGUUGUAGUCCGCUGUGACAAACGUCGUAUAGUAAAAAGGGAUAAAUCCUAAAUUUUUCACACAAAUUUAGUGGAUUCUACGAUAGCGUGUAUGGUGUGAACUCGACUAUAUUCGUGUGACAAAAUGGCGCGAUAUGGACAAAGACCUGAAAAUGCUCUAAAAAGAGCAAACGAAUUCAUCGAAGUAGGAAAACAAGCUCGAGCAUUAGAUACCUUGCAAGAAGUCUUCCGCAAUAAAAAAUGGACGUACAGUUGGUCAGAGUCGGUAUUAGAACCUAUAAUGUUCAAAUACCUAGACCUUUGUGUAGAACUAAAAAAGUCACAUAUAGCAAAGGAAGGCCUAUUUCAGUAUCGGAAUAUGUUUCAAUCCGUAAAUGUUGGAAGUUUAGAAAAUGUCAUACGUGGAUAUCUACGCAUGGCAGAGGAAAAAACGAAUCAAGCUCGAAAACAAAGUCAACAGGCUGUUAUAGAUAUAGAUGAUCUUGAUAAUUUAGCUACUCCUGAAAGUAUUCUAUUGUCAGCAGUUAGUGGUGAAGAUGCACAAGAUCGAAGUGACCGCACUAUCUUAACACCAUGGGUAAAAUUUCUAUGGGAAUCUUAUUGCCAGUGCUUAGAAUUAUUAAGAACUAAUGCUCAUGUUGAAACACUGUAUCAUGAUAUUGCACGUAUGGCCUUCCAAUUUUGUCUUGAAUAUAAUCGUAAGACUGAAUUUCGUAAACUAUGUGAAAAACUGCGGAAACAUUUAGAGGAAAUUUGUAAAUUACCAGCACUGGUCUCUAAUGUUUCCAUGAACAGAGCUGAGACACAACAGCUGAAUCUGGAAACGCGACUUAAUCAGCUUGAUUCUGCUAUACAAAUGGAGCUAUGGCAGGAAGCAUUUAAGUCCUCUGAGGAUGUACAUGGUAUGAUGAAUUUAUCUAAGAAGCUUCCAGUACCAAAAACGAUGGCCAACUAUUACCAGAAAUUGGCCAUGGUUUUUUGGAAAGCAGGAAAUUACCUUUUUCAUGCUGCAGCAUUGUUUAAAUUACUGCAGCUGUCUCGUGAAAUGAAAAAGAAUAUGUCUUUGGAGGAACAGCAGAGAAUGGCAAAUCGCGUUUUAUUGGCUACUUUGUCUAUACCACUGCCAUCAGCUCAUCCUGAAUUUGAUCGAUUUAUCGAAACAGACAAGAGUCCAUUAGAGAAAGCCCAGAAACUUGCAACACUUUUGGGACUCUCUCAUCCACCAACAAGAGUUUCUCUAUUAAAAGAUAUUGUUCGUUUAAAUAUUGUCAAUUUAGCAUCACCACAGUUACAAGAACUAUACUCAUGGCUGGAAGUUGAGUUUCACCCUCUAGUGCUAUGUACCCGUGUAGAUUCUGUUAUUCAAACGUUACAAGCAGACGAAAAUAGUCCAUUGACUCAAUAUAUUCCAGCCUUGCAGGAUGUAACUCUGGUACGACUGAUUCAUCAAAUAUCACAAGUUUAUCAAACUAUACAAUUUGAUAGACUAUUGGAACUCGCCAAAUUCACAACAGAUUUCCACUUGGAACGUCUGUUAGUGGAUUGUGUAAGAUACAACGAUAUGCAAAUAAGAAUUAGUCACGGGAAAAAAUGUGUGCAUUUCGGUGUCGAUUUAUCGGAAGCACAGAGGGAAGAUCAUCCCGAUGGUCCUGUGUUACAAGCAAUGCCUUCUGAACAGAUUCGUUGUCAACUUGUAAAUAUGGCCACUGUAUUACAUCGUGCUAUCAAUAUUAUUAAUCCUAAUAAGAAGAAGAUGGAGCGGGAGAAAUUACGUGCUGCCAUGGUAAACCAUUAUCAUGAAACCAAGAUGAAAGAACAUCAGAGAAUCUUGGGAAGGCACAAGAUUAUAGAGGAAAGAAAAGAGUACAUUGAACACAUAAAUACGGUUCGCGAGGAAGAAGAGAUGAGAAGGCAGGAAGAACUGCAAAGACAGCAAAUGUUAGCUGAACAGAAGAGACUCGAACAAGAGAGAGAAGAGCGCGAGAGGAAACGACAACAGAGUGAGAUUCAACAAAUUAAAGAUCGCCAUUUGAAGGAGAAGAUGCAACAAAUAUCUCAAACUAGUCACGGUCAGAAGGUACUAAAGAAAUUGGUUGAAAAUGAAAUUAAGAAGUUAGAUGCAGAAGAAAUCGCAGCUCGAGAAGCCGAAGAAUUGCAGAAAGAACGCAGAGAGAUGCAGCAAAAGUUAAAAUCUCAGGAGAAAAAAAUUGAUUAUCUAGAACGUGCCAAACGUUUAGAAGAAAUACCAUUGUUAGAAAAAGCAGUGGAAGAAAAGAUGGAAUUAGCAAAGCAACGUUGGGAGCAACAGGAAGCUGAACGAAUCGCUGCAGCUAUCGAGGAGAGACAGCAGGCUGUCGCAACUCGAGAACGAAUGGCGAAAAUGAAGGAAGAUCAUGAUAUUUUCUUGGCAAAACUUUUGGCCGAGCGUAAGAGUAUUUAUUUAGAGAAAUUGAAAGAAUUCGAGAAGGUGUUGAAUGAAGAGCGAGUUAGCAGAUUGUUGAAACGCAAGAUGGAGCGUAAAGCUGAACGUAAAGCCAAAUGGGAGAAGGAACGAUCUGAAGCUGUUGAAAGAAGACGUCUAGAGGAAUUACGUAUCAAACAAGAGGAAGAGAAACGACGUUUGGAAGAAGAAAAGGCUAAGAGGGAGGAAGAAGAGAGAACAAGACGUGCAGAAGAAGAGGCAAGAGAAGCUGAACGUUUGGCUAAAAUUGAAAAGCAAGCCGAAAUUACUAGGGCUAGAGAAGCUGAGGUAGAACGGAAAUUAGAAGAGGAGAGACAAAGAACUAAAGAAAUGACCGAUACAUGGAGACGUGAACAACGUUAUCGUACACAAGAAAAAACAGUCGAAAUGUCUUGGCGUCGUACUGUUGACCAGAAAGAUGAUGGUAUUAAAGAAGAUCCUGCUCGUUGGAAAAGAUGGGAAGCGAGAGAUGCAGAUAAGUGGCGAAAGGAUGACGAUAAACCGAAAAAAGAUACGAUCGAAAGAUGGAGAAAAGAUGAAUAUGAUAAAGAUGACACAAGAGACAACAGAGAUCGAAUAGAUAAAGACCGUGGAAUGGAUGGGCGAUCGAUGCGUGAUCAAAUUUCGGAUGGGCCCCGUAAUCGUAGCAGAAUUUCGCCGUCAUCCGUCGACGGUAGUGGCGGCGGUGGUGGUGGUGGUGGCGGUGGUUAUCGUCGAGAAGAGGGAAUGCGUAAUUGGCGUGAAAAGGGCGAUGCGAUACAAAAUUCACCUCGAGACCUCCCGAGACGCGAUGAAAAGCGAGAUGACUCUAAAAAUGAUAGACUUCCACCAAAACAUGAUGAGAGAAGACGACCACCAGAAGAUGACGGAUGGUUGCACGUGAACCGCCGUUAGCAUAGGACCGGCAAUAACCUAUAGAAGCAGUGUUUAUUAUUCCUCAAAAACAGUGCAUAACAUGCAAUUAGUCUUUUGCCUGAAACUAUUGGCGUGCCCAACUCUACUGUUUUGUGCACCGCUUCAUUUCUCUCCGAACAUAUAUAUAACGGUAACAAGAAAAAAGCACAAAGAUCUAUGGGUCGUAGCCAAUUCACACAUUAUGAAACAAAAAAGAAAAAAAAGGAAAUGAAAUGUAAUAUUAAUAACCGACGAUAAGGUUGAAUUUUUAUAAUUUUUCUAAACUGUGUAACAACAAUUUUCUAAAUCAACCACACUGCAUUAUGUGUAUUAAACUUGUAAAAGAAAAUGCAAAAAAUUCAGGAAGCUUGAAUACAGUAUACAUAUGAAAUAUGAAUCAAUGUACAGAGCAGAAGAGAUGGUGAAUUGUAUGAGUGCUGACGAUAUUGAAUUGGAUAGGGUUAAUCUGAAUGCAGAGGUUUAAAGUCUCAAAACAUUAAUAAAGUUCUCUUUUAUCCUAAUUCUUACGUUAAUUUUUGUAUAAAACUGGUAUACAUUGCAUGACACCUUUUCUUUUAAAAAAAAAAGGACGAAAUAAAAAGUAAUCGUGUGACUUUAAAAGAUUUAUAGUAAUCUUGCAUACACA